CAAGCUCUGCUAAUUCCACCCUUUUUCCCUAUAUUUUUUUUCUCCCAAAUGGAUCUUGUCUUCAUCCAAGACUGGAACCAGAUCACCGCUCGCUAAUGGCAUCCUUUCUUAUCACCCUGUUAUUCUUGGAAUCUUGAUUUCUUCUUGCUGUCAACCAUCGUGCUCGUAUAAAACCCCAUCACUCGCUACUCUAGACCCCAUUUGGACCCUUCUUGAAAUUGCCGUCGGUGGGUGUUCCAAAUCUUCACUUUCCUCUCCCCCUUUUCUUGUGUUCCUCAAUUCUUUACAGUUUCUUCAACACUUCUCUGUGAGAUCGAGUGAGUGAAAGAGAAGGGAUAAUGGAGAGCGAGAAGAAAGUUUCUCCCGUAUCCGAUGUGGGUGCCUGGGCUAUGAAUGUUAUAAGUUCUGUUGGAAUCAUUAUGGCCAACAAGCAGCUCAUGUCCGCCAAUGGUUAUUCGUUCUCUUUCGCCACAACAUUGACGGGAUUCCACUUUGCUGUAACUGCACUGGUCGGGUUCGUGUCAAAUUCUACGGGAUACACUGCAUCAAAGCAUGUUCCUUUGUGGGAACUUCUCUGGUUUUCAAUUGUUGCAAAUAUGUCGAUCACAGGGAUGAACCUCAGUCUUAUGCUGAAUUCCGUUGGAUUCUACCAAAUUUCCAAACUGAGCAUGAUUCCAGUGGUUUGUGUAAUGGAGUGGAUUCUUCAUAGUAAACGUUACUCAAAGGAAGUCAAAGUUGCUGUUGUAGUUGUUGUUAUAGGCGUGGGCGUUUGCACCGUGACUGAUGUCAAAGUUAAUGCCAAAGGUUUUAUAUGUGCAUGCGUAGCAGUUUUGGCAACAUCAUUGCAACAAAUUUCUAUCGGCUCCUUGCAGAAGAAGUACUCUGUUGGAGCUUUCGAGUUAUUGAGUAAAACCGCUCCUAUCCAAGCUCUCUCACUCCUUGUAUUCGGUCCUUUCAUCGACUAUUAUCUAACCGGAAAUCUUAUUUCUAACUAUAUGAAAACCAUAUCUUCUGGUGCAAUUAUAUUCAUUCUCAUUUCAUGCUCAUUGGCGGUUUUCUGCAACAUUAGCCAGUACCUCUGCAUCGGGCGGUUCUCGGCGGUUUCAUUCCAGGUUUUAGGCCACAUGAAAACUGUAUGUGUGCUGACCUUAGGGUGGCUCUUAUUUGAUUCAGAGCUGACCUUCAAGAACAUUCUGGGAAUGCUGGUUGCAGUUGCUGGAAUGGUGAUUUAUAGUUGGGCGGUGGAGGUGGAAAAGGCGAGCAGCAAAAGCGCGCCCCAUUCUAAGCAUAGUUUGACGGAAGAGGAGUUAAAUUUAUUGAAGGACGGAGUGGAGAAAGCGGAGCUCGGUGAAUCGAAAUAGAGAGAAGAGAAUGGAGAUUUGUAUUAGAGACAUACAUGAUGAUCAUAAUUUGGUUUUGGUGUUGUUUCAAUGUGUUUUUAUGUUUGAUGCAUUUAAAGAUUAGAAGGGAUUUAUUGGAAUCUAUAGUCUUUAUGUAGCUCAAGCUCAUUGCUCAUUCUGUUAUAGAAAUUCUUAUGUUAAAUUCAUUAGAUUAAUUUAUAUCAACUGCCUCAUUUGGGUAUUUAUCU